UUGAGUGGAAAGCUGUCCGCGGCGCUGUCUUUGGUGGAACUGUCUGUCUCCGUGUCUUGUGGGCCGGGUCAUGACACUUCAGGGGUGGGUCUCCUUCAAGAAACACGCAGCUGGAUUUGUGUGUCUAGCAUCCCGGAGGCUGGCGGUUCCCAAUAACUAUAAGCACGUGUGUCUUUUCAGUCAGUCUGCAGCUAACAUGGCAGAGGAGGCGAAGAAGCUAGCUGCUUACGCCGCCGUGGAUAACCACAUUCAGAAUAAUCAGGUUGUUGGUGUGGGCAGCGGGUCAACUAUCGUCUACGCUGUGGAUAGAUUAGCUGAGAGAGUGCGUCAGGAGAAACUCAAUAUUGUUUGUGUUCCCACCUCCUUCCAGGCUCGUCAGCUGAUUCUACAGCAUGGCCUCACUCUGUCAGAUCUGGACAGGCACCCCGAGCUGGACGUGGCAAUUGACGGAGCAGAUGAAGUGGACAAAGACCUCACGCUGAUAAAAGGUGGAGGUGGCUGCCUGACUCAGGAGAAGAUUGUAGCCGGCUGUGCUAAACAUUUUGUUGUAAUUGCCGAUUACAGGAAGGACUCCAAAGCUCUGGGCCAACAGUGGAAGAAAGGAGUUCCCGUUGAGGUUAUCCCCAUGGCGCAUGUUCCCGUCUCCAGAACAAUAGCCAAGCGUUUUGGAGGCGAGGCUAAUUUAAGAAUGGCUGUCAGCAAAGCAGGUCCCGUGGUCACUGAUAAUAGCAACUUCAUCCUGGACUGGAAGUUUGAGCAUGCUCAGAACUGGAAGGAAGUGAACACUGCAAUCAAGAUGAUCCCGGGUGUGGUAGAUACCGGGCUCUUUGUAGGGAUGGCUGAAAGGGCCUACUUUGGCAUGGAGGACGGAAGCGUGCAGGUUCGAGAUCCUGCGGUCAACUGAGUUUUCCACAAUCGACACCAUCUCUCUCUGCUCAUCUUUCCGAAUGACCUCACCACUCCCACAAGUGCCAUAGUCUUGAUUUCCUCCGGGUGCCGUACUGUUUGGGUUGAGCUGCACCUCCUGCAAAGCAAGGCAGUUUUCACACAUCUCACUAGGAUCUAAAUCUGAGGAUCACUUGGUUUUCUCAUCCUGCUGGUGGUGCUUCGGAGUUUUAAAGUGCCUGAUGAGUAAAAUCAAGUGUGCCGCAUCUUCUUUCUUAGCCUGUAAUGUUCCCCAGUUUGGCUUCCACACUGGGAAUUUUGGCUCUUCUGCAGUUAGCGGGUUUGACCGAGUCUCUGCAGAGUUGUGGUUCUCAAGUAUUAAGGUGAACCACUACAGUGCUGCACAGCCAGAUUAAGGAGUGCCUUGAGAUUUAAAAAAAAAAAAAAAGAAGACCUUUUUAAAGGCACAUUUAAUAAAUAAAUAUCAUAAUUAUAUGUAUAUAUAGUCUCCCUGCUUUUGGAGGGAUGGCAAGAACGACUAAUGAAUAUCCCAAUUUAAGCAGCAAGAGGCAUAAAAUGAUCUAGUGCAGCUAUGAAGCCUCUAGUAAUGUGUUACAAAGAUGCACAAUAUAAAGGUGGAGUGUAAUGCAAGUUUCCUUGUUGAAGAAGCCUAACAUGACAAAACAACACAAGCUUACCCUGUACCUUUCAGUGACACUAUAUCAGUGUAUUGUAUCACUGUAAAUACAUCAAUAUUGUGACACUGUGUUGAUGUAUUUCCAUGACUGCAGGUUACAGAUUACAAACUAGAGGCCACCCUUGUUGAGGUGUAUAACGGGUAUAAAAUCUCUGCAUUUCGAGUCCACUGUGUCACACUACUGUAAAGUUGCUUUAGCAGAGCUGCAGGUGUAAGUGUUCAUUUCACUGGUUGGUAUGAAGCAGCUAUCUGAUUUCCUGUCCUGAAUGAAGACAGAUUGGGAAAUAUGUGUGGUUUCCUCUGAGGUUUCACAACUGUUCCUGUAAAGUUAGACUAAUCAUUGAAGGUUAAAGUCCUCAGCCUCACUGUUUGUCCAGGAACAAACCAAAACUAAUGCACGUACACAUCUCCUUCCUCUGACUCUGUUCAUUUUGUGCCUGUAUGUCACCUGCAUGACCGUUACUUAUCCUUUACACGAGUCAUCUGGACACUGAACGCCUCCCACUAACAUAACUUGAAGUAGGUAAUGAUGGUAGACAGCCAUGCUAUUUAACUUUGGCGUGCUGUAGAUUAUGUAAGUUUCACUAGAACCAUGAGUACAUUUUGUGUCUUGUAAUAGAAUGUUCUUUAUGAUUCAAGUACAUACAUUACAUUACUACAUUUUCAUAGUUGAAUGCCUUUAAAAUAUAUUGGUUUAAGACAAAAGCGUUGUCAGUGUUGGUGAAACUGUACAUCUUCGUAGUUCAGUUUAUAGCAUGGAGUCUGUCCCUUGAAGAUCCCUUAUGUUAUUUUGUGGCCAAGUUACUGUCUCUGCCUGCAUCAGCCAUCACAUGUUGUUCUUAUGGUUUUCAAAUUCAGCCGUUCCUUCGACUUUACUAUGCCUUGCACUGUGGUUUUAUUUUUGUGAAUGUCUGUUUGUUUUAAUGUAAAACUCUGAGAGACUCUGGAGAUGGGGCAGAGCUGCGAAAUUCAAGAUCAAGUCAUGCAAAUGCAGUCAGUUGGCAAUUAUGUUUAAAAGCCACUGUGAAGUGCACACACUCGGAUUCUGUUCUAAUGUUAUUCCAGUCUCAUAAAUCAAAUUCAAGUGGCCUGGAGAUGAAAGGUUAAGCGAUCUGGGAAUGUGUUUGGAAUAUUUUUGCACCAGCAUGGUAUUUUUUUCCAUUCUUUUCUUUACCAGUUGACUGUGAUUAUUAUUUUUGCUGCAAAGGUUCUAAUUUCUUUGUCAACCAAUACAGGACCAAAAUUAUA